AUGGCAGACUUAAGCACAGCCAACACCUUUUCAGGCCCCACCAUAGCUGGGCCGAGUGACGACAAGCCCGCGGUCUUGAUCGUAGGAGGCCUGGGUUAUAUCGGCCGCUUCCUAGCCCUCUACAUCCACCGCAACAACCUGGCUUCCGAGGUCCGCCUGGUCGACAAAGUCCUGCCACAACUGGCCCGUCUGCCCCCAGAGUUCGCAGAGGCAUGUUCGGAAGACAAAUUCAUGCAGGCGGAUGCCAGCAAAGAAACUUCCCUCGGCCGAAUGUUCACGCUUGCCUCAGGUCGCCACUUCUCCUAUGUCUUCAACUGCGGAGGGGAGACACGCUACUCACAAGAACCCUCGAUCUACGCUCUGCGUGCUACUGCUCUUACUACGAAUCUUGCUACACACAUCGCGAAGAUAAGACCUUCGCCGAAUUUUAUCGAAUUCAGUACUGGCAUAGUCUAUAAGUCACCGAACUCCUCCACAAUAUCAUCCGGUGGCUGCACAGAGACCGCGCAGCUGAGACCUUGGCUCAAGAUAUCCAGAGCAAAAUUGCAAGCGGAGGAGGCAUUGGAGAGGCUUGCCAGGGAGCAAGGCUUGAAGUACGUCUGCUUACGCCUAGCUCACGUCUACGGUGAAUACGACGUUGGUUUUCUUGCUCGUGGGCUAUGUCUAGCACGGGUAUACCAGGAGCUCAACAAGGAGCUAAAGUGGUUAUGGUCCAAGGAACUGCGGAUCAAUACCGUGCACGUUCUCGAUGUCUGUUCUGCGGCUUGGAAGGCUGCGGAUUGGUGCUCGCGAAACCCUCCAACAGAGCAGAGCAACAUGGCGGAUCGCGCUUUCAACAUUGUGGACAAUGGGGAUACCAAGCAGGAAACGCUUGCAACCAUUGUGUCCAACAUCUUCAACAUCAGGACUGGCUUUCAAGGCUCUUUCAUAUCUUCCUUCGCAAAAAUGAAUCUCGACAGCGUCGUUGAUGAUGUGAACGACGAUGUGCUGCAGCCGUGGGCCGAGAUGAUGAAAAAGGCAGGCAUAGAUCACGGCCAAGGGAGUCCACUAAGUCCAUUCAUGGAGAAGGAGUUGUUGAAAGAUAGCAAUCUAUGCUUGAACGCUAGAAAGGCGAAAGACGUCCUGGGUUGGAUAAUUGAGAGGGAAAGAUUGACGGAGGAGAGGUUGAGGGAGAUAAUCGCCAGCUAUGAGAGGGUUAGAUGGUGGCCUUGA